ACGCGGGUGGUGAGGGAGGUGUCGCCGACACCGCUAUGGACGCGCCGGCCCUGUGUGUGUGUGUGAUAAGAGCAGGUAGACUGUGAUGGGCUAGGAGAUCUCCUCGCCAGUUCUUGGACUUUUUGCUUGAUAAAAUAGUUUGUCGUCGGUAUUUUCUAGUCCAUCGUCUGUAUUUACAUUUACCCACUGGCAGCCAAAAUCCACUAUGAAGCGUGUAUGCACUGUGACUACUUUUAUAUUGUUGAUUAUCUGCUGGGCAUUUCACUCUGUCUCGUGCUGAAGCCUGUCAGUGUGGUCGACCAAUCGCAGCAGGCUGUCAUUGGUCCAAUCAGCGCAAAUUAGCUUCGCGCUCAGGAGGGGUUUGGGAACAAAUGAAUCGCUGAACGAUUCAUAUGGGAGUCGCUGGGAUAAUUAGGUAAAAAUAAAUGCAGAUUAUAAGACCAUGAAAGUGUUUUUUGACCUUGCAUGCAUAUUAGACUGUUGUACCCUUACAACCUAAAUAUGACCCUACUUCAUGUAUAAUAUGGGCUCUUUAAGACAUAACAUUUUGGAUUAAUUAAACAGGUGUUGUUACACCAUUUUCUGUGAAAUGAGAAUACCACCUGUCCAAAUAUACUUUUCAUCAAUGAGACCACAAGCAGUUAUCCUAUGUUCACCUCAUAUCAGAUUUUAAUAAUGGCAUACAUAAUUUUUACAAAGUGGCAGUAGUGAAACAGUGCCCCCUAGAGUCAAAUAAUUGAUUGUCACAGAAAAUGGUGUAACACCCACCUGUUGUUCUCAUUAAAUAUAUUGGAUAGCACUUUAAAGCAUUGCUUGGCUCUAUGCUUCCCAUAACAUAAUUAUUAAAACUGGAUCUCUGUCUUUUUUUUUUUUUUUAGAGGACACACCCCAGUGCCCUACUGCAAAUUCCACAAACCUCAUCAGAUGACUCAAUCUCAAGCACACCACCUCCUCUCAAGCAGUCAACUUUAUGCACCUCUUCGCUUACUCAAACAAGACUCAACGGAUUGGUGUUUGAGUACAUCAUAGCAGAUGUACAACCUUUUUCACUGGUAGAGAAUGCGUCAUUUCGGAAAAUGAUUGAAGGAAUCAGUGGUGGCAAAGGACCAAUGUCAAGAAAAACUUUAAUGCAACGCAUUGAAAGUGAGUCUCAAAAAAUGAAAGAGGCACUGACAGAAACACUUUGCAAUGUUAAAACUGUUUGCACAACUGCGCACAUAUGGACUGCUCACCAUAAGAGUUUUUUUGGUGACACCUGUCACUGGAUCGAGCCUGAGACACUAGAGCGGAAGUCUGCUGCACUAGCCUGUGAACAGCUAACUGGGCGCCACACAUAUGAGGUAAUCGCUACCAAACUUGCUGAGAUUCAUUCACAAUUUCAAAUUCAGGGCAAAGUCAGUACAACUGUGACUGAUAAUGUAAGCAAUUUUUUUUAAAGCUUUCAAAGAAAAUGGAGGACCUGAAGCUGAGGAUGAAACUGAUGGAGUAGAAGAUGAUGUACAAUUUGAAGAUGUUGCAGCUUUUUUUUGAGGCAGAUCAAAAUGAAGAGCUAAUGUUUUUUUCGCCACCUCACCAUCGCUGUGCUGCACACACUCUUAAUCUUAUUGCAACAUCAGACUUGAACAAAGCAGCAUCACAGGGUGUUCACAGAAAACUCUACCGAAGUGCCAUGUCCAAAUCUGCAGCCAUAUGAAACAAAGCCCACCGCUCAUCUGGUGCUGCUGAUGCCAUCCAAGAAAUUGCCAAGAUGAGAUGCCUGGUACCAUCUGUGACAAGGUGGAGCUCAGAGUACCACGCCAUUGUAAAACUGAUCAGACUCUCCGAUGAUCAGCUGAAUGAUAUCUGUGACCGCCUCAGUGUGUCUAAACUCCACCCGCAAGAGAUUACAUUUCUCAAAGAGUACACAACUAUCCUACAACCACUGUGCUACUCUAUAGAUCUUCUCCAAGGAGAAAAGAACUGCUUUUUUGGUUUCAUUGUUCCGACUAUCAUAAGCCUGAAAGCCAAACUGGCUGAAAAAAUGACACAGACUCAGUUUUCAUCUCAAAUACUCGCAGCUGUGAUCAAAGCUAUUGACACUCGAUUUGAGAAGGUAUUUAGCAGUCAUGAAGCAAGAGUGGCAGCAUCCACAAUUCCAAAAUUCCGUCUCUGGUGGCUUGCAGAUGUGGAGAGAGAAGAAAUGAAAAGACAGAUGAUCCAAGAAGCUUCUCUAAUCAACUCAGCAGGACCCUCUGUGGGUGCUCACAGCACAACUGCAAAUGCCUCAAAAGGACCAGAUCUUCUAGAAGAUGAUGACAGCUUCUUCACUUUUGAGACAGCAGUGACAACUUCUACAACUGUAGAAGAGGAGGUGCACAGAUACCUUCAGGAUUCAGAGAAGUCCUUGGUUUCCCUGAAGAUGUAUCCUACUGUCAAAGCCCUCUUCAUAAAGUACAACACUACAUUGCCAUCAAUUGCUCCUGUAGAGCGACUCUUCAGCCAGGGAGGACUCGUUUUUACUCUUCAUCGCAACAGAAUGACAGAUAAGCACUUUGAAAUGUCUCUAUUGCUGCGCUACAACCGCCUUUACUUGACUGUUGAUUAGGAAAGCAUAGGUAGUUAGGUACUGUAGAUAGGUGGCUACUGGCUAAUAUGUUUGACUUAAAACAAAACUUGUUUUCUUUUGAUGUUUACAUUUUUGUAAAGCAAACACAUUUUGCAUUCUUCUAAUAUUUGCAAUAUUGUUCUUGGGUGAGAUGUUUUCAUAAUAGAAAUUAAAAUGUUGGAUAGAACCGGUUACAUUACCUUGGUUUUACAUAAACUAUUUUGAAGCUUUUUUUUUCAUGUAUACCUGAUAUUUUUCUGUGAAAUACAAAGGGUAAGCAAAAUGCAUAUUAUAUACCUAUACUUUAUAUUACAGACAGUAAUGCUGUCUAUGUUCAAGCACUUUUAAUCUUUAUUACAGAAACAGAAAUUUAA